CACUUUUCCGUUUUGGUAAAGAUCGUUAACGUAGGUAAUACUGGUAAAGGUCGAUAUAGUUCAAACGGAAAAUCAAGGCUUAGUUGUUGCACACGUGGAGGAGACUAACACUUCAUAGGACAAAGAGAGGGAGCUACAAGUCUUGACCCCUGACCCCUGUGGACGUUAUACUGAUGUCUUCUGCUAGUGGUCUACAGAUUUACCUGAUUGCUGCCAAGGAGAUCAGGAAUGGUAUAGGCAAUAAAGGAAAACUACCGUGGCCAAGAUUAAAGACUGACUUGUCAUUCAUGGAGGCUAUAACAAAAGAAACUCGAAAUGACAGAAAACAGAAUGCAGCUAUCAUGGGCCGACGUACAUGGGAGUCUAUACCGCCCAGGUUUAGGCCGUUGCCAGGGAGAUACAAUAUUGUCCUCUCAAGCAAACCACCAGAUGAGAUCCCCCCCGGUGCUCAUCUGGUUUCCCCCUCCCUCUCCUCCGCUCUAGAUAGCCUCCAAACCACACCCCUUUGUCAGGAGAUCGAGGACGUCUGGAUAUUCGGUGGGACCUCUGUGUAUGAAGAAGCAAUGAGACACAAGGAUUGCCAACGGCUGUACAUAACGGAAGUGCUACAGGAGUUUCCCUGUGAUGCUUUCUUCCCACACAUCGACACCUCCUUGUACAAGAUUAUUGAUCACUCAGAUGAUGGACGAGUGCCGCAGGGAGAAUUGGAGGAGAAUGGAGUUAAAUACAAGUUUGUUGUGUAUCAGAGACAAUAAAUAACUUUUAGCGGACGUUACUUACUGUCAUUAACGAACAUUGUCAUUAGUAUACAAACUGUACCUAGUAUUUUAUUUUGUCCAUGAUUUGUUCUCAAUGUGCAUUAUUUUGUAUAAUUUUAAUUGUUCCUAACUCUAGAAGUAGGACUGCA